AGCCCACGAGUGGUGUCAGAAAGAUCGCGUGGUGCAUUGAGUCACUCCACUCGUCUGAUACAGAACAGGAGAAAGCGGAGGCCUAGGUGAAGAGCUGUUUUUGUGAUCUUGCUUUUCGAAUCGGUGUUGUCAGUUCGAAAGUGUACACGGAGCAGCCAUGGGUGGAAGUGUUUCAAGGACGGAUUUUGAGUGGGUAUAUACGGAGGAGCCUCACGCGACAAGGCGAAAGCAAAUUUUAGAAAAGCACCCAGAGGUGAAAAAGUUGAUGGGCCCUGACAGCAAUAUGAAAUAUUAUGUGGUGGUCUUGGUGACAGUGAAUAUCUGGCUGGCCUGCAUGGUACGAGAUGCCUCCUGGCCCGUGGUCUUUUUGUUGAGUUAUGUUGUGGGAGGUGUCAUUAACCAUGCUCUGACAUUAGCCAUUCAUGAAAUUGCCCAUAAUCUGGCUUUUGGACACACUCGCCCAUUGGCUAACCGAGCACUGGGUAUGUUUGCUAAUCUGCCGAUAGGUGUGCCAAUGUCUAUAUCAUUCAGAAAGUACCAUCUGGAGCACCAUAAGUUCCAGGGCGAUGACCUGAUGGAUGUGGACAUACCGUCUCGCCUUGAAGGGGUCCUCUUCAUCAAUACGCUUUCAAAGCUUGUCUGGGUUAUACUCCAGCCUUUUUUCUAUAGCUUAAGACCCUUGUUUGUAAAUCCCAAACCUUUAUCUGGACUGGAAGCUAUCAAUGUGGCCAUCCAGGUUAGCUUUAACUACAUCAUCUGCUCUACUUUGGGCGUGAAAUCCAUGGUCUUCUUGCUGGGAGGAACUUUGCUGGCCAUGGGACUACAUCCUGUAGCUGGCCACUUCAUUUCUGAGCACUAUGUGUUUGUCAAGGGAUACGAGACCUACUCCUACUAUGGCCUCCUCAACUGGGUCACCUUCAAUGUGGGGUACCACAACGAACACCAUGAUUUCCCCAAUAUUCCAGGCUCCAGAUUGGCACAGGUGAGUAAAAUUGCCCCUGAGUUUUAUGAGGAUCUUCCAUACCACACCUCCUGGACCAAAGUCAUCUGGGACUUCAUAACUGACCCUGACAUCGGGCCAUAUGCUCGAGUCAAGAGGAGGACUGGAGAUGGCAAGAAUGUUCCCAUUGAUUCAAGUGGGAUGAUGAAGGGUGGAUGUUCUGUAGACACAGAUCAGAAUAGACACCAUGCAAUACCAAACCAGAAGGGUGCGAGGGCACUUUGAUUCUGUUGGACUUCAUUCUGUCAUGAUAUCUUAGCUAAUUUUGUAUGAUCCGUAUGGUCCUUGCCCUUCUGUGUGUGUUGAUGAGGUACUGGCUGUACUUUUAACCUUGUUGUCAGCUUUCCUGUGUGAAAUUGUUUGUGUUUCUUGCCAUACCAGCCAGAAUAACUAAGCUGCUGAGAAGGUUUGUGUAACAGCAGCUCAUUCUCUUGUUUAUUGUUCUGCUUCAUGAUAUGAUCAGAACACUGAUGUAUGACAUGUGUAUGUAUAUGUAUGUAUAUCAGUUUCUAGCCAGAAUCUGUAUUCAGUCUCCCCUUACUCUUUGUUUGUGUAUUUAAUAUGGUCUCAUUAACUUCAUUUCUUUAUUGACAAAUUAGUACAUUAUUAGGCAUAACAUGAUGGAAAAGAAUAAAUUCCCUCUCGCACCACCAUGUUUUGUAAAUCAAAUAUUACCAAAUUGACGGGAAAAAAAAGAUCUACCUUACAUUGUUUCAAACAACGAAUAUUGUUAAUAAUGUUUAUACAUUAAAAUCAAGGCUAGGAUGGUGUUCAUCUAUGUGAAAAAACAUGAGACAAACAAGAAUAGGGAUAUUCUUGUGUACACUGCAUAAGUUUGACACUAGUGGAGCCAGGUCAAGAAAUCCUGUUCAUAGUUUGAACAGUAACUCUAUAUUUCCUGACAUAUUACAGGCAGGUGAGCAAUUAAAGUAGUUACACUUACACGAUUUUAAUAUUGUACUUCAAAGAUCAUGAUACUACGUCAUUUGGAUUAAUUAAGGCAAUGAUGUCCUUGCAUAUUAUUGGCAUGUUGACCAGUAAGGUUAAUGUGUAUAGUGAAGACAUGGUUUGAUCGAAGGAUGGCAUAUGGAUCUAUAAAACAAUAGGAUUUUUACAUGUAUGUACCCCUGGCUGCCAUCAAAAACUAAAAAGUUCAAAGCGAGAAAGAAUAGAUGGUCAAAGCCAGCAGAAAAUUUUAUACAAACUACAUAAUCCAAAAUGGCCCUGUGGCAUGAACAAUAGACGCAUUUCCUUAAAAAUUUGAAAACCACUGUGGCAAGCUGCAUUUCAGCAGCCCUUGUUAUUUUUGACAGAAGAUGUAGCCCAAGAGAAGUGAAAUCAUGUGUCAAACUUAGCAGUGACACGACAUGCCCUGUUAACCUACAAACACCUGUAAGGUAAGGCACCUUAGAGCACAGAGAACAUUCAGCUAUAGAUUUCUUGUGGGAUGAGGCAUUCAGUUUGUUGGCUAGGUACAGCUAUGAUAAAUGCAUUGAGCUUUGAAAACCGUCAGUGCAUAUUUAAACUUCAUGUUUGUGCUUUCACUGUUUUUCUGCUACUUUUCAUCUAACUUUCUCUUUCCAGUUCUUAAACGGUUUUUUUCUUAAUUGUGAUAUACGCUUUGACAGUCACAGGGAAAUUUUGUAUAUGUGUAUGGAUAGUAGGGUACCACGUGUUAUGACGUCAUAGUGACGUCAGUCGUCAUGUAGAAAGGUAUUAAUACACCAGAAAGAAGUCCAUUAUAUACAUGUUAUCUCAUAAACCUUGGCCAGGGAUAGGUGAAGAUACCAAAAAUAACAUAGGGGAAUGCUUUAGCCAUCCUGGGCGUACAUAUUAAACAUUAAUGACCAAAGGUUGUACUGUUUUUUC